ACGCAACGCAACGCACACAUACAAGCGACCGUUGCUCUCUUCCCUCUUCUUCACAGCCUCUCGUUUCUCAUCUCCGGCGAUCGACGGAGAUAACGGCCGAUGUUCCGCCGUAUUCUUCUCCGGUGAUUUCUUCUUCUUGAAACUCCGGCAAAAAUGAGCUUUCGUGUAGUCUCGGCGGCGUUCUCCGGCUUCUCUCCUCUCCUAAAGCUCCACGAAACUCACUCACCCCUUCGCACAAGCCUCUGCGAUCGAGUUCCCUCCCUUGGUAUCCGGAGAAAGACUUUACACUCUUCCCCUGACGUCCGUUGCCGUGACGGUGUCUCCGCCGCCGAUGUUUCGGAGACCUCGCCGUCGUCGUCUCUCCUUGACGAUGAGCUUCUAAGCGGCGUCUCCGCCGCCAGAGACGCCGCUGAGGCACUUGAUAUAAUUACCGGUCGAUCCGGGUCCAAAGGCGGAGUCGGGAUCGAAGAUUGCCGGUCGAUCAUUUCCGCCGCUGUCAGUCGAGGCAAUGUCGAGCUUGCUCUGUCGAUUUUCUACGCUAUGCGUACCAGCUUCGAGCGAGGUGCGAGUGAGAAUGGAGUUCAAGUUGAUCGAUGGAGAUGGUCAAGGCCAGAUGUUGGUAUCUAUACUACGUUGGUGAUUGGUCUUGCUGCUUCCUUGAGGGUACCUGAUGCUCUAAGCAUCGUAGCAGAUAUUUGCCGUUUUGGAAUCUCCCCUGUUGAAGAGGUUCCGUUUGGAAAUGUUGUGAGAUGUCCCAGCUGUAUGAUAGCAGUUGCUGUUGCACAGCCACAGCAUGGAGUUCAGAUUGUCUCUUGUGCCAAGUGCCGUUACCAAUAUGAGCUUGUCUCUGGUGACAUAACCAGCAUAGAAUCAGAAGAGCUGAGAUCGAUAUUGGUAAUUUGCUCUGACGCAACUAGCUGGCAUGAAAAUUGCAAAGACAUUCCUCUUUGGGAAAGGGGGCUCAGAUUAAUCCAGCUAAAGAAGGAAAAAGUUCCCUCUUCUGUGCACUCUAUUGUGGUACAGACACCCUCUGGUAUGGCACGUACACACCGGUUUGCUACAGAGACUGCUGAGCGCGCUGCUCAAGAAGGAGAAAGAGUGACAAUUGUAUCUGCAGCUCCACCAAAUGUUUACAGGGAGGUUGGACCUUUCAAAUUUAGCCCCAAAGCUCCAAAUAUUUACCCUGGAGAACCCAUGAGCCUCACCAACCACAAGGAUGGACGAGAAACUCUGUUACUAAGACCUCCUAGUAAAGACGGAGAUAAAUCCUUACAGCCCUCAUUGAUAAUUACCGUCUUUGCUGUUUUAGCAACCGGAGAUGCUGCUUCUAGUAUUAUUGAUCCCAAUUUGCCUCAGCUCCUCUCAGUUGCUGCUAUUGCAUCGCUGGCCGUUGGAGCAACAAUAAACUCUUUGAUUCUUCCUCAGUUCAAUCAGCUCCCUGAACGGUCAGUGGAUGUGAUCGGUAUCAAGCAGAAACUUUUGUCCCAGUAUGAUGUGCUUCAGUGUCGUAUUAGAGAUCUUAAGGAAGCAGCUGAGAAAGAGGUAUGGAUGUUGGCUCGAAUGUGCCAGUUGGAGAACAAAAUUUUGGCUGUGGGAGAGCCAGCUUACCGUACCCGAAGAGCGAGAGUAAACAAGGUACGAGAAGGCCUGAAAAACUCGAUCAAGGGAAGGAUCGAUCUGAUUGACAGCUAUGCAAGAAUAUCUUCGAUGAUUGAGAUUGAAGUGGAAAUGGACUCCGACGUUCUUGCAGCUGAGGCAGUGAGCAAUGCUGAAAAUAUUGCCCAACAGAUAGAGCAGAUCAUGGAACUGGAAAAUCUCGAAGAGAAAUGGAGGUUGCAGGCUGAGGCAAACGACGAGGCUGAAAGACUACUCAGCUCGGAACAUGCUUAGGCCUUCCGGUACAAGGGACGGGAAGAUUGUUGAGCGUUUUGCAAUGCACAGGCAGGUAGCAAAACAACAACUUCUUCUUCUCGAGACUGGUCGUGUAAUCAAUCAAUCAAUCACUCACACACUUUUAACAGCAUUUGUGUAUACAAAAAAGACAAAUCCAUCUUA